AGUCUUUUAAGCUUCAACUCAAUUUAUCGAUAUUCAAUUCGUUAUUCAUUCACCAACGAUCAGACGACCAACUUUACUGAAGAAACCGAUAGAACGAAUACAAUAGACGUCGGAUCGGGAGGAAAUAAUAGAAUUGGGCACAUACCCACCAGCUCCCAGCGACAAUGGCAUCCCGCAUGCCAGCCCGCUGGGCAGCCACCCUCUCUAAACCCUCCUCAUCCCUCCUCUGCAGCAGCACCCCCCGAAUCCUCAUCACCGAACGACACACCCUCCUCCCGCGUACCGUUCGGCGGGGCGUGAAAUACGGCUGGUCGACGCAAAAUCCGCUCGUGCGUCCAACACGAUUCAACCAGCAAUCCGCCGGUCUCCCAGCCCUAACAACCGGCCCCGCGGCAGCUCUCAAGCGCAAGGAGCAAUCGACGCCCCUACGAACGGGUGUCCUAGCCAUCAAGAAGGGUGUAUCCGCUAUGUACAACUCCAAGGGUCAAAGAUUACCAUGUACAAUCCUACAAAUGGACCAAGUCCAAGUCGUAGCCUCAAAAACGCGCGCUAAGAACGGGUACUGGGCCGUACAAGUCGGCUUCGGUCAACGAGAAGCAUCGAACGUAACCUCACCUUUACUCGGGUACUACGAAGCCAAAGGCGUAGCACCUAAACGACAUCUCGCAGAGUUUAAAGUGCGUAGUGAGAACGGUUUAUUACCGGUGGGAGUCCAAUUACAACCGGAUUGGUUCAAAUUAGGCCAGUACGUGGAUGCGCGGAGUAACAGCCGGGGCAUGGGUUUCGCGGGUGGUAUGAAAAGACACGGUUUCGCGGGUCAGGAGGCGAGUCACGGUAAUUCGAAGAAUCAUCGUACGAUUGGUACUUCUGGGCCUAGUCAGGGUGGUGGUUCCCGUGUACAUCCCGGGAAGAAGAUGCCGGGGCGUAUGGGUGGACAGCAGGUUACGGUGCAGAAUUUGAAGGUGUUGAAGGUGGAUAAUGACAUGGGUAUUGUGGUUGUCAAAGGCCAUGUUGCGGGCCCUAAGGGCUGCAUUGUGAAGAUCGCUGAUGCGAUUAAGAGACCGCCUCCUGCGGAGACGUUUAUUGAGAAGACGAGACGUCUGUUGCUGGAAAGAAAUACAGGCCAUGAGGAGAGGUUGCUGGCUGCGAGGGAGGCACAUUUGGAGCUUAAAGACGCGCGAAAGGAAAGCAGGAUAGGAGCUACGGUGGCUUCAUUGUAGAAUUGUAUUGUAUAUAAAAAGUAUACAUGCAUUUUUGUACCAUAUGAUAUGGAUGCUAUGUUGUACAUGGAUAUUCACCUCUGAAUGAUGAAUGAUAUUGCAGAACACUUAUCCUGCUUGGUAUAAACCUCGUUUUAUCCCUAC